AUGUCUAUGAACAACAACAACACUUUCAAGCCCCUUGGGGCUUCUUCCUCCGCCUACACACAUUCCCAAAUUGUGCCGGGCCAGUACCCUCUGUCCCAGGCUCACGCCAUCGUCCAAGCUCAGUUCCAGGCCCAGCUCCAAGCCCACGGGCUUUCCUUCAACCCCAACGCCAAACGUUUCCCUCCAAAACCCCCCGUUCAUACCGCCACGCCGUUUAAACAAACGGAAUCCGUGCCUGGGCCUCGAAGGAAGAAGCACAAGCCAAACGAGAAACAGCUUCCGGAGAAAGCCUCCGCAAUUCUCCCCGAGUCAGCACUCUACACGCAGCUCCUCGACGUGGAGGCGCGUGUGGACGCUGCACUUGCUAGAAAGAAGGUUGAUAUUCAAGAAGCAAUGAAAAACCCACCCUGCAUCCAGAAAACCCUUCGAAUUUUCGUGUUCAACACGUUUGCGAACCAGAGUGUGGAUUCUAACACUCCCACAUGGACCCUUAAGAUAGUUGGGAGGAUUUUGGAAGAUGGUGAAGACCCUGAACAACCUGGAGUUGCUGCUCACAGGAUGCCCCCUUUGUACCCGAAAUUCUCGGCCUUUUUCAAAAGGGUGACGAUUUCCCUCGACAAAAGGCUCUAUCCUGAUAACCAUAUCAUAACGUGGGAGAAUUCGCGGUCCUCUGCCACUCAUGAAGGUUUUGAGGUGAAGAGGAAAGGGGAUAAGGAGUUCCCGGCGCAGAUUCGGUUGGAGAUGAAUUACGUGCCGGAGAAGUUUAUGCUAUCGCCGGCUUUGAGGGAAGUGCUUGGUAUUCAGGUUGAUACGCGGGCAAGGAUUGUUUCUGCUAUAUGGCACUAUGUGAAAGCGAGGAAGUUGCAGAACCAUAAUGAUCCUUCGUAUUUUCACUGCGAUCAGGCUCUUCAGAAGGUGUUCGGGGAGGAUAAGGUGAGGUUCUCGAUGGUUUCACAGAGGAUAUCGCAGCAUUUGUUUCCUCCUCAGGUUAUACUUUUGGAACAUAUGAUCAAGCUCUCGGGGAAUACUCCGGUUGGGUCUGCUUGUUAUGAUGUGAUGGUUGAUGUUCCUUUUCCCAUUCAGAGAGAAUUGAAUGCUCUGGUGGCCAAUGUGGAGAGGAACAAAGAGAUUGACGCUUUUGAUGAAUCCAUAUGCGGAAUCAUUAGAAAAAUACAUGAGCACCGCAGGAGGCGGGCGUUCUUUGCUGGUUUUAGUCAAUCUCCUCUGGAAUUUAUUGAGGCCCUGGUUGAAUCUCAAAACAAGGAUCUGAAAGUUUUACUUGGAGAAUCUGGUCAGAAUGCUGAAAAGGAGCGCAAAUCAGAUUUCCUUAAGCAACCAUGGGUUGAGGAUGCUAUCGUUCGCUAUUUGAAUCGCAAGCCAGCAGCAGGAAGCAAUGCUCCUGGGAGCACAUGA